GCCGGGGAUAGCAUAAAGACAAUCGCCAAUGACAGUUCGUAUUCACAACGCCACCUGCCUACAUGAAUACAUCACGAUGAACGUAGGCUUGUCAAAGGCCACCCAACUCUCAGACAUUACCAACCUGUUUCAAAGAUUAAUGACUUCGCAGAGGUAGAUUAUUACUCGUGAAGGCUUCGGUUGUUGUGGACAAUAUAAAUGCGUUUGUCAACGCUGUAUUGUGGUGGCGCGACGCCAAGACAUAUUUUGAAGCAGAUCGCAGGUAAUCAUGACAGUGCUUUCAAAUAUACCAUCGUCACACGAGGGAGAUCAGAACAAUACGGUGAUGCCUGAAGGUUCAUAUUUCCAAAAUGUUACACAGGACGGACAUGACCUCUGGUUAUUCGUACAGAACACAUCAGAAGAAAAUGACCUCCUGUCGGAGGCUGAAAGCAAUUUUUCAAGGACAGGUACAGCCAUUAUGGUGAUACCAGACGAGGCAUUUGGGGUGUGUUUAUUUGUUCUUUCGGCGAUUAUUUUAUUGUCUUUACUGGCUAAUUUGUUUCUGAUAGCUACCAUUCGUUUCUCCCCAAGCUUGCGGACCCCGCCAAAUGCUCAUCUGGUGAAUAUUUGUGCAAAUAACAUGUUUCUAGGCCUUGCAAUGAUUGCCGGAUUGAUAACCCUUACGACCACAGGACCAAAUGUUAAGCUUUACCGCACAUUGGAAUAUAUUCUGGAUGGCUUACAGCUAUUUUUGACCAUCAACUGCUUUCUUCAAUAUUGGUCAUGUUUUGCAAGCAUUGCGUAUUACAGAAACAGAACGAUAAGGAAACCCACAAUGUCCAUUGCCUUUCGAAAGGUGGUAGUGAAACGUUCCAUCUUGAUUUCUUGGGUGGUUAGUGCUCUUUUGAGCCUAAGCUCUGUACUGGCCUUUAAUGGUGAAGAUAUUGCCUUGGCUUUGAAUCCGUUCAAACGGGUUUUUCCUGCAAAGCCUACGCCCUACAAGUCAGGGUUCCUGGACAGCGUCAUUUUCAGUGCCAUUUUGGUGACCUUCUUGGUUGGCAUAUUUGUAAUGGUUAGGUGCUAUUACCGUAUAUUUCGCACUUUGCAAAUCGCAAAGCCUUUGAGCAACAACAAGGUUUCCCCUUGGAGACGCAAUUCGUCAGGGUCCGACGCCACCUGCAAUGGAAGCAUUACUAUGAAGGACCACCCCCAGCUUAACUCUUCUCCAAAGGUUUAUUAUGUAAGGUCCAGCAAUUGGACACGGCCUUACGUAAUUUCGAAUGACCCCCUAUGCCCCGCGGAAAAUGACGACAGUUCGGUCAUCGUGCAUUUCGAAAAGAGGAACCACUCUUUUCCAUUUGACGAGAGUUCCAUCCUCGAGAAUCCCAUACGGGCUCUUGCAAUGGAUCCACCCAAUGCUUCUCAAAAGAAACGGGAACUGAAAUUCACAACGAGCAAUGCCAGCAACGCGUCCAUUAGAUCUGGAACCUCUGCGGCGGGAUUUACUGACAUUUCUUUGGGAGCGGAAUUGCACCGGUAUCAGUGCAUGAAAAACAAAGCCGCCCUUCGUAAGCAGUCUUUGCGCCGAGAUACGAACAGUUUAUAUUUUGCCGCCAAGAACAGCAUUGUUAUGCUGUCUAUGUUUGUUUUCUGUUCCUCCUCAUUGUUUGUUUGUUCAAUACCCGGUGUUUUAGAUAAUACCGAAAUGGCCACAAGAGUUUAUGUUACAAUGGUUUGCAAAUUGUUAUUUUUUGUCAAUGCCCCAGCAUAUCCAAUUUGGUAUCUCAUAUUCAGUAAAAGGGUCCGUAAAUGUCUGAAUAGACUUUUGGAAAACACAGCAUGUUGUGUUCACGUAAGACAAUAUUAAAAGUUUUAGUACGUUAGUUAUCCAAGAUGUUGUGCAGAUUACUUUCUUAUAAUACAUUUAUAUACCUUCUUAUAUACAGUACACAUGUAUAUAUUAUGUGGUUCUCAUCUCUCGUUUCUUUUGCUAUGUUUUAUUUAAUCGUUUUGAUAUUUGUGUUACAAGGUGCCUACGGUGUGUUAGUGAUCUUGGACUUCAGUAAUAUCUUUACACAUGUAUAUAUUAUUUGGUUCUCGUCUCUCGUUUCUUUUGCUCUGUUUUAUUUAAUCGUUUUGAUAUUUGCGUUACAAGGUGCCUACGGUGUUGUUAGUGAUCUCGGACUUCAGUAGUAUCUUUAUGAAAGAGUAACGCGGGUUGGAUUAAACAAUGAAAACACCCAAAUCCCUCACAGCUACACCUGGGUAUACGUGAGAAUUUUCUAACAAUCCUAUUAUCACUUGGUGCCUAGGGAUAUUCAGGCAAUAAAUUGACUGCAUAUCGAUAUAAUUCAUUUAUGACUUUUAAACU